CAAAUACUGUGGCAAGUUAACCGACGUGAGUUUCCCUGAACCGACUCUUGUUUGGAGCUCGUCUCUCUUGCAUUGGAAUAGUACAAGGGAUAAGGAAAAUAAUCAGAAUCUAUGAUCUCGGUCCCUUUGAGGAAAACAGUCCCCUUUUACCCUCUGACUUCAUGAUCCAAUUGGGUUUAGAUAGUCUAUUUGCCAGAGAUGUCCACCGCUGCAACUCCAACCACCCCCUCUCAGUUAACAUCGGAUCAACUCACGGUCAUUGUGGCAGCAUUUUCAGGUCUGGUGUUCUUUGUGGUGAUCGUGGUGCUGCUGUCCAUAUACCGGAAAGAACCUCACUGCUGCAAGGACACCCAUGGAGACAUGGAUGCCCCUCCUCAGUACUACAGCAGCAGACAGACACUGGUGGGAAACCCCUGUCUGGAACAGACUCACGACAACACACACUCACAGUCAGGGCAGCUGUUCCUUAUCGGCCUGCCCUCCAGCUACCGCCUGCCUACCCUGGAGUCGCCCCUCCCCAGGCUGCCCUCCUACGAGAGUGUCAGGAAGAAGGACCGCCAGAGACAGAUACACAUGAUGAUCGCUGACCGUUUCGGCCUCAACGGCUCCAUCCUGACUGAGCCCCCUCCAACGUAUGAGGAGAGCAUCUGCCACUCCAUUGAAGUACCCUUUGACAUUCUGGGGUCUGUAAUAGACGCUCCUCAUCCCCAGAACAUUUACCCUCCACACCCUGGCACAGAACUUACCACUCAGUCAGAGAGUCUCAGCACAGUUUCCAAGAUGAUGCAGUGUUUCCACUUUAUAGUCGAGCCGGUCAAGAACAUCACAGCCAAGCUUAAGGAAUCUCGCAAGAGGGAAAAGAAUGAUAAGAGAGAGCCACUGGAAGAGAAUCAGCUGUUUAUAGUGGAGCUGGCUAGAGACCUCAAUCGAGUGUGCCAGAGGUCUGAGGUGCUGGGGAACAUCUGGAAACUAGAGGACAUCUGGCCCACUCCUCUUUGCAGGGCCUUCAUCCUGGAGUGGGCGUCUCUGCUGGAGAGCAAGCAGAAGAGGCCCAUGCAGUCGGAUGGCUGGCCAGAGGAGAGCGAGUGGAGGGAGCAGGACCUGUUCAGUGAGAAUGAGAUGGAGAACGCUAAGAGGACCAUCAUCAACUGGACCAAGGACCUGAGAGCCCAACCUGAGCAAAGUGUGUGGCCUGGGGAGGCUGUGGCUCAAGUUCUGGAGGACCUCCAGGCUGCAUGGAGGAGUCGCAACAUGCCCAACCUCCUGACAGCCAUGGAACUGCUCAUGUGGGUCUUACUGACACAGGGCCUGGACAAGGAAGCCAUCCCUCAACAGUGGCUCAUAUGGAAGCAGAGGACUCAGAAGAUAGGUGCUGCCCGCUACAUUCCUCACUCAGUAUGGGACUGGAUCUCUAAUGCAGCAGUGGAGAUUUCCCUUGACCUGGACACGGCCAACCCUGACCUGCUGAUCUCCAACGACGAGAAGAAGAUGCGCUGCGGCUUCGAGAGAAAGGAUGUGCCAAACUACCACCAGCGCUUCGAUGGCUGGUGGUGCGCCACAGGGGUGGAGGGUUUCAACUCUGGCCGCCACUACUGGGAGGUGGAGGUGGGGGAGCGGGACUUUCGGCUGGGUGUGGCCAAGGAGUCAGCCCUGAGGAAGGGCUUCAAGUCCCUGAACACAGACACGGGCUACCUGACCCUGCGCCUGGAGAGGGGCACGGAGCUCAAGGCCCUGACUGUGCCCUUCACUGCCCUGCCGCCUGGUCUCAUCCCCCGCAAGGUGGCCGUCUACCUGGACUACGACCAGGGCCAGCUGUCCUUCUACGACGUAGACAGCCGCUCCCACAUCUACACCUACAAUGAGAGCUUCAACGAGAAGCUGUUCCCUCUGUUCGGCACGACGGAGAUCAUUAAGGACCUGGUGAUCAAGUCCCCUGGGAGCAAGGCCUAUUGCCUCUGUCCCUCCCUGUGCCUGUGGGGCUGAACUUUCCCUCUUAACACCAUCCCUCCACCCUAUGGUUACCCUCUCAUCACUCCUAUAGAGUAAUCAGAACCUUCGUUACUGUAAAGAACUAGACCAUCAUGAUAUUGGAUAGCUAUGUGACCACUGAUGCUGCUGCUUCUAUGUGAUUCUUUCUGCCUCUUCCUUACUCGAGUUAUGCUAUGCACUCACAUGCUCUGUAUUUUCAUACAUUUGAAAGAAUACCGUAGUAUUAUUUUAAUCUAUUGUGAAAUAUUAAUCCUGCAAUAACAAUGCACUUUCCGUGAUGAAUAAAUAUACGAAGCUCA